GCUUUUAAACAUUGUGGAGUUGAUACUUGAUGAUAGAGUGUCCUUUGGGGACGGUCCAAAUCCUUUUCAACUCCACUCUCGCCUUUUCUCUCUUCUUUGGCCAACCGACACGACAUCAUUUAUUGUCCCCGCCCCCACAACCAAACCACCGCACUUCAACUGCCCAACCACCAUUACCACCCAUCAGCUCCGAGAAAAAUGGACCCGCAGUUCACCGGAAAGCCACUGGCAGGAUUGGACAUCGAGCAGAUGCCGGAGACCCCCCACCGAGGCUCCCACCACCGCCGGGCCCACUCCGACACCUCCUUCCGCUUGCCAAACUUGGAUGACCUCCUCCUCUUCGACCCCUCUGAUCUCGACCUCACCUCCCUCCCCUCCCCUUCACCCACUGCCGGUGGAGCUCCCAUGCCCGUCGAUUCCUCCUCCAAGUCCUCCGACGAGUCCAACAAGCCCAGGCCCUCUUCCAAGCCCUCCGCCGGGCCCAUCGGCCACCACUUCCGGAGCCUAUCCGUGGACUCCGACUUCUUCGAUGGCCUUGGUCUCGGCGACGAGAAAGUGGUGGUGGGGGAGAAGAGGGUGCACCAUCACAGGCACAGCAACUCGAUGGAUGGGUCUUUUGAGGCCGACUCGGCCAUGGCGAUUAUGGACGGUGUGAAGACGGCCAUGGGGCCUGAUAGACUCGCUGAGCUUUCUCUGAUUGAUCCCAAAAGAGCUAAAAGGAUUCUAGCUAAUAGGCAAUCCGCCGCUCGCUCAAAGGAAAGGAAGCUACGUUAUACUAGUGAGCUGGAGAGGAAGGUACAGACGCUGCAGUCGGAAGCAACCACCCUCUCUGCGCAGGUCACUUUGCUACAGAGAGACACUACUGGUUUGACUGCUGAGAAUAAGGAACUCAAACUGCGAUUACAAGCUAUGGAGGAACAAUCACAUCUUAGAGAUGCUCUGAAUGAAGCAUUGAGGGAAGAAGUGCAGAGGUUGAAGAUAGCAGCAGGCCAACUUUCGGCUGCAAGCAGCAACCCUUUCAACAGAGGGUUACCCCCUCAAUAUUCCUCCCAGCAGCCAGCCUUGCAUCACUUUGGUAGCCCUCCGACCCAGCAACAGCUUCAUGUGAUGCAAUCAUCUCCCAGUAACCAGACUUCAAAUGGGCAGCCUCACCCUAGCUUUAUGGACUUUAACCAAGGGAGCUAGUAACAUCACAGGUUUAGCAUUAAGUUGAUGCGUAGGGUUAUCCAUCCCUAGUAGCAUCAUGUACAUGUUUGUAUGUGUAUAUAUAUAUAUAUAUACGUAUGUGUGUGUGUGGUGCCGUUAGAAAUUGUGAAAGGGUGUUGCUUGGAUUAGUCCCUUGUAUCAGUUUGGAAUAGUGUUGUGGUUCUUCUACAGUUCUACUCUUAGGAUAGGAUUAACUUAACAUAUGCUAUAGAGUAACUCCUCUUAGAAAAACCAAUGGUUGGAUGAACACUGUUACGUUGUUCUUUUGGAACAAGGAGCUUAUGGUAUAGAACCAUGAAACUUGUAAGGUUAA